AUAAAUUAUUCAUCGACAACGAUGACUGCUGCUGCUUCUGUCAAAGCUCACCUCCCCUCGAGCCAUCUACAGCAUCUUCGUUUCAGUGGCCGAACGUCUUUGCAGUGUCAGGUUCUAAGAGUUGGUGUGAAUUUCCCAACGUUGCCGUGUAAACUUUGUGUGCGACAGGACAUACCAUUACCCUUAAGGAGUGAACUAACUACGACACUUUUACGUUUGCUUUCAACCUGGGCUUUUUAUUUCAGACGCGACAGUUAUCAGAAUGCAGCAGCCCGCAUCUCAACCAACAACAACCCCACCAACAGCAACAACAACAACAGAUGUUUUGGACCCCACAGCCCAGUAUGAGAAGCGUAAGAGGACGGCUCUCUGGGUCACCAUCUCCCUGCUGGCUCUGUCUGUGGUGGUCCUAGUGGUGGGACUGCUGUCUGCCACACGUACGGGGAACGUGGCUGUAGCUGGGUACUACCCCGGCAUUACAUUAAGUUUCGGAGCUUUCUUGGGGAUUGUUGGUAUCAACCUGCUUGAGAACCGAAGACCUAUGCUCAUUGCAGCCAUCAUCUUCAUCAGCAUCGGAGUCAUCGCCUCCUUCUUCUGUGCCAUCGUGGAUGGAAUCAUCGCUGCAGAGUUUAUUGACAGGAGGCCUUUGCUGGAGAACAGAUGUGAAUAUUACGUCAGUGGGUCCGGCUAUGCCUUCGACAACUACUACACUGAGGUGGUGUGCCACUCCUUUAACGACAAGUGUACGAUGAGGGUGAAAAGCCACACCUGCUACUGCUGUGACCUGCACAACUGUGAGAGCCCAGACUACCACCAGCAGUACUAUGAGUUCACAGGAGUGAACAGCUGCUGGGACGUGGUGCACCUGCACCGCCUGCUGUGGGCCUGCGUGGUGCUCAACGUGCUGGGCUUGUUCCUGGGGAUCAUCACUGCUGCCAUCCUGGGUGCCUACAAGGACCUGAACCCAACGCCCCAGAUGUCGCCCAGUCCAGCCGCUCCCCCCCAUAUCCUGUACAACCCCACCCAGCACAUGUUGACGUACGCUGGCUUCUGUCCCUCUGGACAGGCCCUGCCUGCCUACCCCAACUACCCCAUACCCAUGCAGCACCACAGCAGCUAUCAGGCCCCGCUCACACCCCAGCUCAACCCCGAGGGGGGCCCCGCCUCCUCCUGCCCUUCUGAGGAGAGCAUGCCCCCCUCCCUGGACCCCAGCCAGCCCUCUUCUCAGGGGGGCUCCCAGGAGCCAGGGGGGUACAUGCUGACCCCCAACGCCCCCAUCCUCUAUGGAACCUCCUACGGGCCCUUCGAGAAGCCCCCGCCCUACGCCCACUGAGAGAGCCCCGCCCCACGACCCCUGACCUCUCGGACCGGGGGAGGACGAAGGUGAGGCCCAGAACUAACCCCCAGCCCCCCCCCCCUCCCCCCCCCCCCUCCCCCCGCUCAUACACCUGCAGUGUUUGUGAGGCUGAGUGGAUUGAUGUGUGACGCAGUCCACUGAUUGGUAGUACCGGUGGGGUUUCCUCAACAUCACUUCCACAAUCAAAUCCACUCAGACUGGCAAACACCAGGGAGGUACGGGCCAGGUGAACGGGUUAAGGGUUGUUUCUGGACCAGGCCAGAGAUUGUAGCACAAGACACUUCCUGGGCACCUGACCGACCUAGACUAGACCACAGGAAGCCUGCAGACCGUAAUAACCUACUGGAGCCACUCUUCCGUCUACUUGAUUGCAUAGUGGUUAAGAGAUAGUGACUUUAAUAUUAAAUGUGUUUAUGAAUCUAUUAGCAGCAAUAUGCAAACGCUUUCCUCAUACUCAUUUAGAAACUUGAACUGCUCCUUACUCUUUGAUGUCAUAUUUGUAUUUGAGAAGUUUCUCUCCCUCCAGCCAGACUUUGGUCUGACUUUUAACCAGAGUAUAAUAUAUGUAUCUAAUUACACUAAGCUAGUCUGCUUAAGGUGAGUAGAAUAGUGUGUACAUAAUCUAGUGCUUGACAAUAGGCUUACUUUUACUAUUCUUACAGUGUCUCAAUUGUUGGAUGAUGGGCUGUUUUCCAUAAGUACUGUAUUAUCUUGAUCUGCAAUCACUGAACAGUUGUCAGGACUUGGUCAAAUCAUGUAUGUAAAAAAUCAGGACCAUACCGAUUUCAAAUGUUCUCAUUGCAAGGUCUCCAUAAUAAACGUUU